UGGGCGUAUACUGCUGCACAGUGAAGUACAGAGUUGCUAAGUGUGUGUGUGAGAGAGUCGGUUUACACCGACACAGUCAGUGGAGGUACAGAAAAGUGGAGUGGAGAGGAGCUGAGUGGGAGUGUGAGACAUUUAACCACUCCAGACGAUGAACAUGAAGCACCGGAGGUUCUCCCUCGACAGUUUAGUGUCCCUGGAGAAUGGUGGUGGAGGUAGUCUGCUGGACCAGAGGAGAGGCAGCCGCAGUAGGCCUAAGAAGAGUGGAGAGAGGAGGAAAAGCCACAGUCUAGAGGAGGCACAGCUGGAAACACAAGAGCUGGGAUGCAGCCUGAACAGGAGUAACUCACUCAGGUCACAGACCAUAGAGGAGGAGAGCGUCCAUCGGCCUGAUGGCGUCAUCAUCACCAAAAAUAGCUUUGUGAAAUACAACAAAACCUUUCACAAAAUCUUCCAAGACAUUCAUGCAGAGGAGAAACUAACUCAUGCAUUCACCUGUGCCCUGCAGAAGGACGUGUUGUAUCACGGGAAGCUAUUUGUGUCUGUCAACUAUGUGUGUUUCUACUCCUCCAUACUCCUCAAACACACCAAGGUGGUGGUUCAAGUGUCCAGUGUUAAGGAAGUGAAAAAGCAGAACUCAGCCUUGUCAAUGCUCUCCAUCCACACUACGGAUGGAGACAAGUAUUUGUUUGUGUCUUUGCGGAACCGGCAAGUGUGUUACGAAAUCCUGCAGUCUGUGUGUACACAAGCACAGACUGUGUUCACACAGCAGCAGGGGGAGCAGGGGGAGAAUGGUAACAGCAGUUCCCACGUCUCCCCAGGAGAGAACGGUGUUGACGACGUGGAUCAGGACAUAGACACGAUCUCCAGCCACUCAAGCCUGGAGGACAGUAUGGACCGGAGCCAUCCUAAAGAGGCCGUCUACCAUGACAUGUCCAGCAGAGGGAGGGGUAGCUCCACUCCUAGAAGCAGCAUUAGCAUAGACCAGGACGAUCAGUUCACAUUCACCGAGGCGGAAGACUCAGCUGACUCGUGGGUUUGGAGAGUCCCUGAAAGGAUUAAAUCCCUCCUCCUCAUCAGAGAGAUGAGCAACCUCAACGUCCUCCUCUCCAUCUAUCUGUUUCUGGUGGUGUUUCUACUGCUGUCGUCAGGGUACAUUGGCCUGCGGAUCUUAGCGCUGGAGGAGCAGCUGAGUUCCCUAGGGGCCCUGCCUGAGUUCUCCAUACACCACAGAGAAUACAGGUACAAGGAAACGUAGCCUGAAGAGACAUACAGCAGGAAGAAUAAAGAGCAAGUCUGUUUGUCCAAAGCCACAGUACAACAAACUAUGCAGAUCCACUUAUAAAGGCUUUCAAUUUCACGUCAUCUUGUGACUCGUGAGCUGGACCAUUGAUGAUAUAUUCAAUAUUUAUUUCUGGAUCCUGCUAAUGUGUUGAGGAGACAGAUCACUUAAAAACUACGACUCUAUCACCCCCUAGUGGUGUUUGCCAGAAAUGUGGAUAACCUUGACUUCACACAAAGCAACAUGCCUUUUUUUUUCUCUUGGUAUUCAGUAGAAUUUGAUUUCAGGCAGUCGCAGUCCACUCCUAAAAUCAAUUGUUUUACUGCACUAUUUGUUUAUCUCAGCUUAACUGGUAAUGCCUGUUUUGAUGUCUUGCUGUAAAUUGUGUUCUUUUUGUAAAGGAAUCUCAAAUUUGCUGGCAAAUUCAUUUUAGAGAAAGUGUCUAACUGUCAGUGGCCCUAACAGGCCAGCAAGGGGCACUCUCUCCUCAUAAAAAAAAGCCUACUGUACUCACAAUUAUUAUUAGUGUAUCAAUCAAUAUGUGUAGUAUACUUUCAAUCUAUAAAAUCAUGUAUUUGAGAAAAGGCUACUUGAAAUAUAUUUGUUCUUCUUAAUACAGUUCUUGAAUGUCACCCUGUAAACUAAAAUGGAUUGAUCACUGGCAUAAAGCAGUUUCUCUGGACCCCUGCAAGUCGGAGUUCGGCCCCUCCCCUCCCUAAAAUAAAAUCGAACGCGUCAGCCAGACAACCACUCAAAGUAUAGAUUACUGAUCGCUGUCCAUAGUGCUGAAAUUGCAACAUGUCUAUGCGGCUGCCUAUCGAAUCGAUUAUAGGCUUUCUGUGGCGCAUGUUAGAUAGAUACAUUAUUAUUGGUAGGCCUAUUUGGUCGUCAUUUUCUCAUGCUAAGCUUAACAUUUCAUGAAGCUGUAGCCUCCUACAUGGUGUCUGCUGGCUGGCGGCAAUAAUGUAAUAACCUAUUCGGUAAUUAAAGUUGGAAAUUCAAACAUUGCAGAUUGUAAAAUUACUGUCCGAUGCAACAGCAUACUAAUCAGCUACCAAUAGAUUUAAAUAUACAACUGUCCUGUAUAGGCUACCUGAACGUGCAUGACAUGAGCCGUCCUUGCGCUCUCUCCCAGCUUGGAUAGAAAGUUGUUUUGCAAAACAACUAUACAGUCAGUCCACCUUCAAAACACUAGUUUACUAGGGGUUGUUUCAUUAUGCGUUGUAGCCUACUAUCUACAGCAGUAGCCUAUACCGUAAUUAGCUGAUUAGUAAGCUUUUUAUAAAAAUGACACAUCAAAUAGCCUAACAAUGAGGAAAAAAGUAGUCGGCUUGAGGAUAAAUCCAGCCACUAAAUGAUGUGAAUGUUUUGUGUCUUUGCUCAGAACUUUGCACUUUUUGAUGUAAAUGUUUGAGGACAGGGUUUUGUUCUUUCUGGAUUCCACUAGAAUGACAAUCACAGAGAAAGG